AUUGUCCGAUUCCAUGGAUGAACGCGACCCUGCGCAUGCCCCGGUUGGCGCAUAUGUCGACUGGCCUUCAGCGCCCCUUACCCACCGCCUGGUCCACGACUCGCUCUCGCACCUGAACCUCGCGUUCACCUUCCUGCCGACCGUCCCCGCCAACCUCUCCUCGUCGACACCGACCCGCCUCCUCCAAUGGGCCUCGUAUGACGGCCUCAACCACGACCUCACGUUGACCGAGCCCUCGCGUGUCCUCGCGUCCUCGUACACCAUCCGGAAGUGUUUGAUCCGGAAGCACUACCUCAGCCACUGCAUCUCGGCGUACCUCACCAAGCACCCUGACAGUAUCCUCAGGUCGGGCACGCCAAAGACCUGGGAGGUCGAGAUAUCCUGGAGCGAUGAGAUCGACGAGAAGUGGACCGACGAGCUAUGGGAUUUAGGUGUAAAAUUGGAUGAGAACCAGGAAAAGUCGCCGGGAGAAAACAAGUGGUUCAUCCUGAAACCUGGGAUGGCCGACAGAGGGAACGGGAUAAGGCUGUUCGACUCCAAGGAAGCGCUUCAAUGCAUCUUUGAAGAGUGGGACGACAGUGACGACGAAGACCCAGAGGCUGUCAGGGAUCCUGAUCUGCAAGACGAUGAGGAAGACUCGGAUAGGGGCGUGGUUACGUCCCAGCUACGCCAUUUUAUCAUUCAGGAAUACCUAGCCCACCCCCUCCUCCUGGACCCCUCCGAAGUGCCCCUCGCGUCAUCCGAGCCCGCACCAAAGCACAACCUCAAGGGCCACAAAUUCCACAUCCGGGCCUACGUCCUCGCCCGCGGCGCCCUCCAAGUCUACCUCUACACCAACGCCCUCGCGCUCUUCUCCUCCGCUCCCUACGGCCCGCCUUCCCCCGCGCGCGACUCGACGGGCAUCGACCUUACCCCGCACCUCACGAACACCUGCCUCCAGCCCGAGCACUCCGAGGCGCACGUCCGCACGCUAGACGAGCUCGUCGGGUGCUCCGUCCUCAGUGCCGAUGGGGGCAAGGUCGUAACCCAGGAAGACGUCGAGCGCAUCAAGAUCCGGAUGGGCGAGAUCACCGCGGAGGUGUUCAAAGCCGCCCUCGAAAACCCGAUACAUUUCCAGCCGCUACCAAAUGCGUUCGAGCUCUUCGGAGUCGACUUCCUGGUGUCCCACCCGACCUCGUCGGACGCCACGCCGUCGUCGUGCCCGUACACAGUCACGUUGCUCGAGCUGAACGCCGAGCCCGCGAUAGAGAUGACAGGGCCGAGGCUCCACUGGCUGCUCGAGGGCCUGUUCCGGGGCAUCGGGAGGGUCGCUGUCGGGUCGUGGGUCGAACGACGGGAUGUCGGAGAGGACGUGCGAGAUAUGAGGAAGGUGUUGGACGUGGAGGUCCGAGGACGAGGCGGGUGGUAA